UUUUUCGUGUGAAACCACAUGAGAGGUGCCCAACAAUUGUGGUUAUCCCAAUAAUUAAUCUUCUAAAUGGAAUAACAAAUGAUAGUGAAGCAUUGAGAGUGUCUCCGAGCUCAUAUUCUCCGAGUGAAUAUCAUGGCAAAGUUAUUCAGAGCUUGCUCUGGCUUCAACGUCUUCACCAAUUUCCUAAAACCCAGACUUGAAGUGGUGGUAGUGCCCAACAGGGGAAGAAAAAGGCUAAAUCCACCCCCUAAAAAACGCCAUCCCCUGUGGUUUUUGCAGCAGGAUCGUGCGCUGAACAAGGACGACAUAACAAAGGAGAAUGCAGCCUUCGUCCAGGAAGUGAUAGAAUCCAAGUAUGGCACCCCAGACCCCCAGAGUGGCUCUUACUCCCCCCUGAAGGUGCCCCCCAUCGAGCCGACAGCAGAGUGGACUCCAGAGUCCCGUCGCACAGGGGUGAUUGCCAGGAAAAUCGGCAUCUACCCCAUGUGGCUGAAGAACGGCAAAAAGGUCCUGACGACUCUGCUCCACGUCUGCGACAACCACGUGAUUAAGUAUAUUCCCCCUGAGGACUGGACACCGAUGAUCCAGCCCUCCAGACGCCCUGUCCUCCCCAAGAGAAAGCAGGGGUGUCUUCUCGUUGGAGCCGACAGUGUUGAUCCCCAAAAAUUCACCAAACAGUACUGCGGACUCUUCACCGAGGCUGGAGUCAUGCCUAAGAGACUCCUCUGUCGCUUCAUGGUGACACCAAAUGCUGCGUUGCAGCCGGGAACUCCUCUCAUGGCUUCGCAUUACAGAGCUGGGGAUUUUGUCGACAUCAGGGCUAAAACAAUGGACAGGGGUUUCCAGGGGGUGAUGAAACGCUGGGGCUUCAAGGGUAUGCCAGCAACCCAUGGAGUCACGAAGACCCACAGAAGACCUGGAAAUAUCGGUUCUGGUGGUAAUAAGUCUAGAAUCAUGCCUGGAACUAAACUCCCUGGACAUAUGGGAAAUCGAUACAGAAAAUUCGUAGGAAUCAAGAUUCUCCGAGUAGACUACAAGCACAACGUCCUCUGGGUGCUGGGCCAGGCCCUCCCCGGAGAGACAAACAGUCUCCUCCAGAUCUACGACAGUAUCCUGAACCACAGGAAGAUAAGGGAAACCGAGAGAGCCCCACCUUUCCCCACGUACAUCCCCGGAAAAGCGCCGCUCCCCGAUGUGCAAUGGGACGAGUCCCUCCACCAGUUCGACGCCCCAACGAUAGAAUUCGAAGUCCCCGACAACAAAUAAUCCCAACCCAUCAACUGAAGUAAUUGUAAAAACAAUAAAAAAUAACCACCACAACUGUUCAUUUUCCUGUAAAUUUAUUCAUAGCUGUAGAUAACUUCGGGGAAUUCAGGAUUGUUGCUACCUGUCAACAUGAGUGAUGCUUGACAUUUAAAAUCUUAAAAAAAAAAAUUAUAAAUGAGAUGAAUGUGUUUAUGCUACAGUUUUAUUGUUGCUGCUCCGUACAGAACGUCCGUUAUAUUUAAACCUACCGAUGAAGGAGUAGUGGAUUCCAAUUGAUUCUGAUAAUCAAUAGUAACUAUAAAUUUAACAUGCCUAAAAUAUACACGAGUGGUGGUUAUUCACCUCGUUUUAGUCAUCUCUUUUCCCCCAAAAUUAUGAUAAUUGAACCAAGACUCCAGACAAAAAAGCCCCGGCCAUUGGAAAAUACGAGUGACAUCCAAUCAAUUUCAGCGCAUAAUUUCACUAAAAAUCCUCAAAUCGAAUGCAGAAAAAAAAUUGAAAUAAAAUAAAGGAACAAUUCGAUAAUUAAUAUUCGACAUUACGCCCCACCUACCGAACUCAUCAUCGCAAAUAAUAAUCAUCACUGUUGUUUAUUCCUCCCGCGGGAAAAAAGAGUAUACGCACCAGGAACUAGACUCUUGGUUCAAAUUAAUGGACCACAGGCGCAAAGUUUCAUUAUCCAUAUUGAAGGAAGGAAAGGAAAAAAAUGAAAUAAAAAUAUAGUAUUGAACAGCGCCUCGUUAAUUAUCAUCGGAGCAGUGUGAUCGUAUCGUAAUAGAAGAUAAAGUAAAGCAAUGUGUCUCCGUACUCAUGUUGAGUUAAUGACGUCACAAUUACAGAUGUGAGACAAUCUCAGAAUUUGAAGCCCUCGCUUGGAAUUGUUGUUGUUGGAUCAAAUUCAAAUGUCACAUCAGUUACCUGAGGUGCAAGAUUUGUGUCAUCGGUCUGUAAAUUAAAAAAAUCAAUUGUUUAUUUAAAAAAUUCAGUAGGAACAAAUUAAUAUGAGGUAAUAGGCCUACUUGAAUAAAGUACCAAAGUACUUUAGUCAAAGUACCAAAGUACUUUGUUACUUUGGCUAAAGUGAUUUGU